UCAUCCAGGAUUAUACGUAUACCAUCAACUGUAAUGAUUACUCUAACAUCUAGGACGUGAAGAUGUAGAGCAGAAGAAGAACAUGUAUUGGCUGUAUUGGCACAUAAUUCCUACUUCGAAUGAUUGCACGGAAACUGAAUUAAUGGGAAACUCGUCAGGAUUAAGCAUGGAAUCAAGCGAAGCAUCUCCGACGGCAGACGUAGGUUCAGACGCGGAGGCGGACUACGACUGCCCCAUCUGUCAGGAGGUUUUGAAAAUGCCCAUCCGCACCAAGAACUGCCAGCAUGUGUUCUGUAGGAGCUGUUUUCAGACGGCGGUGAGAAGUCAGGGCCCUCAGUGCCCGUUGUGCCGGAGCCCCGUGUCCGAAAGAGAACACCGAGCCACAGACAUCCAGCAGAAGAUGAGAGAGAAGAAGGGCAAAUGCAGAGCAUGUGGAAAAGAGAAACUUCUCAGUAAGAUGAGACUCCACUACAGAACCUGCAGGAAGUAUAUAGACGAAUUUGGUCCUAUCGAUGAACCCACAGUACCGCUUCCUGUCCAAACUCCUACCCAACCACAAAGCAGUGUAUUUAUCCCCAACAUCGUCAUUCCUACACACUCUAACAGCGCAGGGAGAGUGUACGCUUGUCCUUACUGUUCACUCAUGGACCUCAGUGACAUGGCCCUGGUGGAGCACUGUGUUCGCCAACAUCAUCAAGAUCAGACUCCAAUCGUGUGUCCAAUCUGUGCGAGUAUGCCUUGGGGGAUCCCAGACUACAUCAGCCGUAACUUUAUUGGCCAUUUGGUGCGCAGACACCGCUUCAGCUACACCACCUACAUGAAUGAAAGCGAGGAUGAUGAUGUGCAGCUCUUCUGGGCGCUACAGGUGUCAGUCCAGGAGGUUUGAAAAAUCGCUUACCUCUGCCUCGCCAGACGAUCCGCACUUUAACGUUCACUCCUGAUGAUCAGAAAUCAGCAUUUUUAACUCUUUUUCCUCUUCUUCUAUUUUUAUACAGAUCAGCACAUUGUUGUAGAAAAUGUAGCUUUAACAGACAAUUUUAAGAAAAUGUCUCGCAAAAAAAAGCGAUCUUCGUCUUUGUUUUUUUAAGGCACACGAUGCAAUUUUCUUAUUCCUGUAAUGAAAUUUUUGAAAUAAUCACACGGUCUCUGCACAUUCGUUCUGACUCUACUCUUCAGGUAAGAAACCGACCAUCAGUUUGCACAGAUUACUGAGUGACGUUAAAACUCUCUCAGGAACGGUUACUGGUACGCACAGCAGUUUUGUGUUCUCUGAAAGAGACUACGGUUUCUGACAGUUCGACACUGUUUCAUUUCUUUUUUUUUAUUUAUUUACAUUCUUGGCAAUAAAACUUGUUAUACCGUGGGAUGUAAUACAUGAGCAUACACAAAAAUUACUGAAUAAUCAUGUCGAUAUUAUAUGAACACAGAUACAAUUGUCUUUUGUUUCAUUUAAAUGUGAUCUAAUGUAUAAGCCAAUAAAGAAAUAAAUAAAUGGUC